AUGGCCGUCAAUCAAAGCUUCUCACCUACAGAGGGUGCACCCCCGCGCCUGGCUCUGGCUAUGCUUGGGGUGGGCCUAGCGAUGAUAUUCAUAUAUCCGAUCAGUAUCUUCAUAUACAAUGUCUACUUCCACCCCUUGGCCAAAUACCCGGGUCCGAAGCUCAUGGUAGCCACACGUAUACCUUAUAUGCAAAUGAUCAUUAGUGGCAGGUUUGCCCAAAAGACUAAGGCUCUGCACCACAAGUACGGCAAGGUGGUCCGGAUCGCUCCCAAUGAACUGUCUUUUAUCGAAGCCGACGCCUGGAAAGUCAUCUACGGUACUCGUGUUGGCCAUGGGCAAAAGCAGAAAGACCCUCGAUUCUACCCUCCUACCCCCGGUGGAGCCCCCAGCAUCAUACUUUCCGACGACGCUGAUCAUUCGCGAUUCCGUCGUCUACUAUCUCACGCAUUCUCGGAUAGCUCGCUGCGGGGCCAAGAGCCCAUUAUCAAGAGUUAUGUUGACCUCUUGAUGCAGCGCUUGAAUGAGAACAUCGCUAGUGGAACUGAUGUGCUUGAUCUGGUGUCGUGGUACAACUUCACUACAUUCGACAUCAUUGGUGAUUUGGCGUUUGGAGAACCCUUCGACUGUCUGAAGAACUCCAAUUACCAUCAAUGGGUGCACAUUCUAUUUGGCCACAUGAGGAUGAGUGCUUACGCAAAUGUAGCUCGCCGUCUGCCAGGAUCAGGACGCUUACUCAGGCUCAUCACCCCAAAACAUGUCACCUCCCAGAGGGACUGGCACUUUGACUUGACGAAAGCAAAGGUUCAGGCUCGACUCAGCAAGUCUAAUGAGAGGCCAGAUUUCUUUGGAAACAUCUUGAAACAAAAUGACACUGGGAAAGGCUUCAGCAUUCCUGAAAUGAUUUCUAACAGUAGUACGCUCAUCAUUGCGGGUUCCGAAACUACUGCCACACUGCUCUCUGGAGUCACUUACCUCCUAUUAAGAAACCCGCGUAUACUUGCAAAGCUCCAGGAGGAAAUCAGAUCAACAUUUGCCAGGGAGGAAGAAAUCAAUCUGGACUCGUGCAAUAAGCUGGACUACUGCCUUGCGACUCUUACCGAGGCUCUUCGAUUGUAUCCUCCUGUUCCCCCCGGGCUGCCCCGUAUCGUCGAUGUGCAGGGUGAUCUAAUCGCGGGGAAUUGGAUCCCAGGAGGUACAAUCGUCUCCGUUUGCCACCUGGCUGCUAGCCACUCUCCAAUCAAUUUCACCGACGCAGAUCAAUUCAUUCCAGAGCGUCAUCUCGAUGAUCCUCGCUUUAAGAAUGAUAACAGGGGUGCAAUGCAGCCAUUUAGCUUUGGUCCCAGGAACUGCAUUGGUCGAAAUUUGGCGUAUGUUGAGAUGCGCAUUAUACUUGCACGCAUGAUUUUCAACUUUGAUAUGGAGUUAGCAGAGCCUGAGAAGGACUGGCUGGAUCAAGAUUCCUUUUUUCUUUGGGACAAAUCGGCCUUGAAUGUAAAGUUAACCCCAAGGAAGAAGGAAUCGUGA